UGUUUUUCCUUACCAAGUCUAACUUCAAGUCAGACAAAUUUUGUUGGUAAUUGGAAGUGACUGUUCGGUUAUUUAUUUUAUCGAAACUUGAAGGAAAUACAGAGAAAAUGGCUCGUCGUUAUGAUACCAGAACCACGAUAUUUUCUCCGGAAGGUCGACUCUACCAAGUGGAAUAUGCAAUGGAAGCUAUUAGUCAUGCUGGAACUUGCCUAGGAAUUACAGCAAGUGAUGGUAUUUUGUUAGCAGCUGAGCGUAGAAACACCAACAAGCUUCUUGAUGAAGUUUUCUUGUCUGAAAAAAUCUACAAACUGAAUGAUGAUAUGGCAUGCAGUGUAGCUGGAAUUACAUCAGAUGCCAAUGUUUUGACUAAUGAGCUUCGUCUUUUUGGUCAGAGGUAUUUGCUUCAGUAUGGUGAAUCCAUUCCUUGUGAACAACUUGUCUCCUGGUUAUGCGACGUUAAGCAAGCCUACACUCAGUAUGGUGGAAAACGGCCCUUCGGCGUUUCCAUCCUGUACAUGGGCUGGGAUAAACAUUAUGGAUAUCAACUGUACCAGUCUGAUCCAAGUGGCAAUUACAGUGGCUGGAAAGCCACCUGCAUUGGCAACAACAGUUCGGCGGCAGUUUCUAGCUUGAAGCAGGAAUACAAGGAGAACGAGACCACUCUGAAGGAUGCUAAAGCUUUGGCUAUUAAGGUUUUGAGCAAAACAUUGGAUAUGACCAAGCUGACUUCAGAAAAAGUUGAAAUGGCUACAUUAACCAGAGAGAACAACAAGACCAUUGUCCACAUACUGACGAGCAAGGAAGUUGAGGAGUUGAUUUCGGAAUUUGAAAAGAGCGAAGCUGCGCUUGAGGCAGCCAAGAAGGAAAAGCAAAUGCAGAAGUGAUUUAAAUUAAAAUUAAUGCUUUUUUUUAUUUUCGAUGUAAAUUUAAUAUUUAAUUAUGUAUCCUUUCACGUGGUUUAAGAAUUAUAA